GUUAACUUCUGUGUUUAGUCUGCAGCGCGGCGCCAUUGCAACAAUAUGACUAGGGUUGGUGGCAGGUUUCAGGAUUCUAGGUCUCCUAUUAGAAGGUGGGCACCUUCCAGUCAGAAUAUUAAACGUGGAAAGUCAGACAUGGACAUGGAUUUCGCCGCUCCGGAUUGGAAAAGCAUUGAGCUGACCAAGUUUGAAAAGCACUUCUACCAGGAACACCCACUGUCAGCCUCUAGAUCUGAGGCAGACGUUGAGGAAUUUCGUAAGAAGUACAAAAUGUCGCUUUCGGGGAGGGAUGUUCCACGUCCCGUACUGUCGUUCAAUGAGCUGAACGUACCUGAUUACAUACUUAGUGUCAUCGCCAAAAAUGGUUGGCAGCUUCCGACUCCUAUUCAGUCGCAGGGUUGGCCAAUGGCACUCUCUGGACGCGAUGUUGUUGGGAUAGCACAAACAGGUUCUGGGAAAACGGCUACUUUUUUACUGCCAGCUGUCAUACACAUCAUGGCGCAGCCUCGAUUGAUGCGUAACGACGGGCCAAUAUGUCUGGUACUCGUUCCUACGAGGGAACUUGCACAACAAGUGCUUACUGUGGCGAAGGAUUUCGCAGAUGCAGCGAGUCUGCGAGCGAUGUGCUUUUAUGGUGGUUCUGCUAAAGGCACUCAGCUUCGUGAAAUGCAAAGAGGCGGGGAAAUUUGCAUAGCUACACCUGGCCGUCUCAUUGAUUUCAUAAGAGCGCAAAGAAAUUUGCUCUCACGUGUUACUUAUCUAGUUUUGGAUGAAGCUGAUCGAAUGCUAGAUAUGGGAUUUGAACCUCAAAUCAGAAAGAUAAUAAGUCAUAUACGACCGGAUCGUCAAACACUUAUGUGGUCUGCUACUUGGCCGAGAGAAGUGCAAACUCUAGCGAGGGAGUUUCUUACCGACUACAUCCAGGUGAACAUCGGUUCAGCCUCACUGCACGCCAACCCGAAUAUUACUCAAAUAGUCGAAAUAAUGGAUGAUUGGAGCAAAGAGCAGCGACUGAUCACGCUUCUAGCUGGUUUUGGCAGAGCUAGGACUCUCGUAUUUGUUGAAACCAAACGCCGAACUGAUCAACUGGCAAAUUCCCUGCGUCGUCGCGGGUUCUAUGUUGAGUCAAUGCAUGGUGGUAAGCAGCAAAGAGACCGCGAAUUAACACUGGCUGGUUUUAAAAGCGGUAGGAUCAAUAUACUGGUGGCCACAGACGUAGCUUCUCGAGGACUUGAUAUUGACAAUAUAGAGUACGUGGUGAACUUUGAUUUCCCCAACCAAACUGAAGAUUAUAUUCAUCGGAUAGGUCGCACUGCACGUAGUGAUAAGACGGGGACGGCAUUUACUUUUUUCACUCACAAAAACUCAAGACAAGCUCGCGAACUUAUCGAAAUAUUAGACGAAGCCAACCAAGAAAUCAGCCAGGAGCUCAUUCAGCUGGCGGGAAUGUCCAAUUAUCUGCGAAAGUCUGGGGCGAUCAAGAAACAUCCCUCAGCCUUUCAACAAAAGCCACCUGGUCGUGUAACUGGCUUUGGAAAUAUGUCAAGCUUUCCAACACAAGAUAUAAGAGCUGUCAACUCCGGAGUUGCAUAUCCGAAUGGCUCGUCUUUAAUGAAUAAAGGAAAUUCAGCUGCUGAGAACUCGUUUCCUGGGUCGUUCAAAUCCGUUUCUAGCGACCAGCCUAGUAGUGGUCGCAAAACUGUGUUGGGUAGUGUCCCAACUAGUCAGGUACCUGCGUAUGGAGGAUUAUCACAGUCUAUUCCUGUGAAUGAUAAUCGUCACAGUGAGACUAACUAUCUGAAACCUAGUGUAACAAACGUAACAGAGACAGGAAAGUGGGAUAGGCGCACAGCUAGCACAGAUAAAGUUGGUUCUGUAAUGGCUGCGUCCGUAUCCCUAGCUCAGAAUUCAAGUACAGUUAGUGAAACUGUUGAUCAGUGGCCCGCUAAUCAUUGGGGCACCGGUGUCGGUCAGGUCCAACAGCACUGGAAUCCAUCAGCCAGCGACGCAUUAGCCACCGGAGGUUCAUUUCAGCGCCCUGUUGGUCAGAGUCAUAAGCGACCAACUCUUAUGGAUCCAUCUUCAUCUCAUGUCAGUCUCAUGAAUCCCAGCAGUGACAUGCCCAUAUCAGGUGUUAGAUCUCGAGGUUCCAUGGGGAACCCCAAACAAAGCUGCCCCCCAACAAAUGCCCCACAGUACGUACAGCAGUGGCCGGGUUUUGCUGCAAAUCCAUAUUCAUAUGCUGCACCAUCUGCUCCGGGUACAGACACGUCUACGUCCAAUUGGGGUAGUGGAUGGGCCCCAAGUUUCCACGGAAAUUAUUAAAUGAUAACGAGCAACAUUUGAGACCUUGUGUUGUUUUCCAAUUACUUUAUCGACUUUUUACUAAGGGGCUGUCAACUUUGUUCCUGUACAGCCUCCUGCAAUAUUGUUUCUUUCUUCUGCAUUCGUACCAUGCUGGUACGAACCCAAAAUUGUAGUUCCAUGCAUAAUUUCCAUUAAAACCAAGAAAGCGUUAUCUGUAAACUGGGUUUUGUUUUUUGUACUCUUUUGUAAUUAAUGUCGAUCAAGAUCUAAAGGAACUCUACUAAUCACUAUGUAUAUAUGGCUCCCCACUAGUUCGGAAGGACACGAACUGUUUCGUGGCCCGAUGUGAUCAAAUUGUUGAAUGUUCUAACUAACUGCAACAGACUUCCUACGUUACUCGAUGAGUCGUGGUAAUCUGGCAAAGACGGGAUUAUGCAAAAAUUUAUACUACUACAAAGUCUUUGUAGUUUUCGUAUUUCCCAAACGUUUAGCGAAAUUAGGAGUUGCCACCGACCACAGCGCAUCAACGUGGAUUUCAGAAGAAGACGAAGAUACGACUAAUAAGUGUAAACAUGUUUUUAGAAUGAAUAGGGCGUGGAAAUCAUGUGACUAUACGUCGACAAAAAUCAUUUGUGUACCCCCUGGGACUGCCGAAAUGUCACUGGUCGUUCGUGCACACUGACAUCAGGCUUUCCCAUAGCCUGACAGGAAUGGGUUCUUUUGUUUCAGCCAUCGACAGUGGUUUUCAUCUACGUAAGUUUCUAUGUCCAUUUAUCCGAGUGGGUCCCAAAAGUUUGGUUCAUUUGAAGUAUCAACGAAUGGAUAUAUAUAUAUAUAUAUAUAUAUUUAUA